CAGAGGGCGCUAGAGUACAUAAAAAAACACUUUGUGAGUUUGGCUUCUUAAAGCGAUUUAUACAAAAUUACAGCAUAAAAGCAUUACAAGUGUCGCUUAUCAGAAAGAUUUGAAUGUUAAGAAGUUUAAAUUUGUUAAGAAAAAUGAGUUCUUCGAGUAUUCCCGAUGUUUCGAUCGACCCCGAAGGUGUUUUUAAGUAUAUUCUUAUUAAAUUAACAGUUCAGAAAUCUGAUGGGAACUCUGAGACGAAGGAAAUCGUUAGAGGUUACGCGGAAUGCCCUUAUCAUUCUGAUAUUAAUGAUAAGGUCACCGAUCAACUUCAAAAAUUAAAAGUCGACGGCUCCAUAAAAGAAUGGAAAAGCAAAGUUUUGGGUGGUGGAAGGAUCGACCAUAACGCGGCCGGUAAAAGCAUCAAAGUUUACGGAUAUUCCCAGGGUUACGGAAAAGCUGACCAUGAGGUUGCCGUUGGUUUAAUUAAAAAAGUUUAUCCAAAUUACGACGUUACUUGGAGUGAUGAAGGAUAUUAAAAUACGAUUUUUUUUGUAAUAAGUAAUUUAUUUAUGUAAGAAGGAAGCGAGGAAAUAAAUUGAAUCUUCCUUAAUUUCCUUA